AUGAACCCAGUACAGAGAAAUCAAACAUCCAUCACAGAAUUCAUCCUCCUGGGAUUCAGCACUAUCCCUGAACUGCAAAUCCUCCUUUUCCUGCUGUUUCUCGUGAUCUACAUUGCAACCAUGUCCGGGAACAUCCUCAUCGUGGUGCUUGUUGUGGUUGAUUGUCACCUUCACACCCCCAUGUAUUUCUUUCUUGGGAACUUGUCCUGCUUGGAGACCUGCUACACUUCAACCAUCCUGCCCAGCAUGCUGGCCGGUCUCCUGAGUGGGGACAGAACAAUUUUAUUUAGUGGGUGUCUCGCACAAUAUUAUUUCUUUGCUUCUCUGGUUGCAACAGAAUGCCUUCUCUUAUCGGUGAUGUCAUAUGAUCGGUAUUUAGCUAUAUGCAAUCCAAUGCACUAUGCUACCCAUAUGAGCGGCAGGUCUUGCCUCCAGUUUAUAGGUGGCUCUUGGAUAGGUGGCUUCCUAUGUAGUGGCAUAAUAACAUUGCCGAUAUCCCAAUUAGCUUUCUGUGGUCCUAAUGGUAUUGACCAUUUCUUUUGUGAUCCUAUCCCUCUGAUAAACCUCUCCUGUAAUGAUACUCUGCUGAUGGAAAUGUUGGCUUUCACUCUCAGCUUGAUUUUCUUACUGAUCCCAUUCCUACUUACCUUGAUGUCCUACAUCUGCAUCAUUGUGACCAUCCUGAGAAUCCCUUCCACCACUGGGAGACAAAAGGCCUUUUCCACCUGCUCCUCUCACCUCAUUGUGGUGACCAUGUAUUAUGGAUCUCUGCUGAUUGCCUAUAUGUUCCCAACAACCAGCACACUGAGAGACUUCAAGAAAGUUCUAUCUUUCUUCUACACUGUCUUGACUCCCCUGGUCAAUCCCCUCAUCUACAACCUGAGAAAUAAAGAGGUCAAGGAGGCCCUGAGAACAGCUAGCAGGAAAUCCAUGUUUGGACAAUGCUAACCAAUCAGUUUCCUUAGGUUAAAAUAAAAUAGAC